AUGAGCCCCUUCACCCGCCGCCUCCCACUCCUCAUCAAACCCCUCACAUCCCACCGCGCCCUCACAAUGUCGGCAUCACGAACCUACACAGACGCCCUCGCGCACCUAAACACCCUCAUCCCGAACCUCAAAAUCCACGCCCUCUUCUCCGGCCCCAAACCACCACCCACCACCACAACUCCCGCCUCCGUCUCCGACCCAAACGCCCUCGCCAUCCCCGAAAUGCGCGCCUGGCUCUCCCGCGCAGACCUCCCCCCCCGCCUCCUCUCCAAAAUAUCCUACAUCCACAUCGCCGGCACAAAAGGCAAAGGCUCCGUCACGACCCUCACCACCUCCGCCCUCCUCUCCUCCCUCCCCUCAUCCUCUCAUCAAAUCGGAACCUACACCUCCCCGCACCUCGUCUCCCCCCGCGAACGCAUCGCCCUCAACGGCACCCCCGUCUCCCAGCCCCUCUUCGCCAAACACUUCUUCGACCUCUGGGACACCCUCUCCGCCGUCCCAGCCGACCCCUCGCUGAACAUCGACGCCGGCGCGAAACCAUUCUACUUCCGCUUCCUCACCCUCCUCGCCCUCCGCAUCUUCCUCGCCGAGGGGGUAACCUCCGCCGUCAUCGAGUGCGGUAUCGGGGGCGAAUACGACGCGACCAACAUCCUCCCCCCCGAGGCCGUCACGGCCAGCGUGAUAACCCAGCUCGGGAUCGACCACGUCGCCAUGCUGGGCUCCACACCCGAACAAAUCGCGUGGCACAAGGCGGGCAUCAUGAACCCCGCCGUCGCGACCUUCACCCGCCGCCAGGACGACCAGCCGGGCGUGAUGUCCGUCCUGCGGUCCCGCGCGGCCGAGGCCGGCGCGGAGCUGGUGGAAGUCCCCGACGAGGAGGUCGCCUCCUGGGCCGGCGCGCCGGGCGCCAGGUUACCCGGCGGGGCGUUCCAGAAGCGGAACCAGGCCCUCGCGGCCCUCGCGGCGCGGCACCACCUCCGGAUCGUCGAGGGCGGGGAGAGGCGUAUCAAGCCGGACGCGGCGCUGCACACCAUCCCGGAGCCUAUCAUCUCCGGACUACGUGAGGCGACUCUCCGCGGCCGGCAUGAGGUUAUUACACAAGGCCCCGUGUCCUGGCACCUCGACGGCGCGCAUAAUGCGGAGAGUCUGGCUGAGGUAUCGCGCUGGAUGGCCCCUCUCAUCCUCGACUCCGCGAGUCCCUUCGUGCUGGUCUUCAACCAACAAGAACGCGACGCCUCGGAGCUGCUCCUGGGUCUGCUGGAUGAGAUGAAGGCUGGCGGUGUAGACCUCGAGUCGAAACUCGCUCAUGCCAUCUUCACUCGCAACGAUAAGACCAGGGUGGAAAAUGCGGAUCUGGAAGUACAGCAGAAGUGCGCAGACGCGCUGGCUGCGGCAUACCCGGGCGUGAAGACGAGCGUGUGUGCGGACCUGGGAGAGAUGAAGAGCGCGGUGGACGCCGUGGUGGCGGCAAGCGGCGAGGAGACCAAGGUGCUCGUGACGGGGAGCAUGUAUCUCGUCGGGAACGUCAUCGGCUUCCUGGAGCCGGAUAGUCUAUUAUGA